UAUAAACAUGAAUCUACCCUAAUUGAAAGUAAAGGAUCUUUAGUAGAUAGACACAGCUAGAUUCACACGAUUUAUUUAAAAUUAAAUGGCUGCUAUGCCUCAUUUAAAUAAUCCUAAACAAUUAGCAAUAGCAUUAGCAUCAAAGUAUAUAAAGCUAAAAGAUUAACCAAAACUAACUUAAUCAGUUAUACUUGGUAAGGAAGUGAGAAGCAGUGACUAAAAUAAAGUAGUAUAAUUACCUACGCUUAUACAAAAUAAUUAUAUAUACUUCUUAGGAACUGGUAAUAAUCACUAAGUUGUUUAGAGAGUUCUAUCUAAAAGAAAUGAGUGGAUCUCUACAAAUAAUAAGAAUGAUUCAUUCAUCAAUUUCAGAUGGUAAUAGACAUAAAAAGGUUAUCAGUAUGAUAGAUUGUUACCAGGCAAUAAAUCCAAAUCUAUACUCAACCAUUUUGAGUUUCAUUCAGAGAUAUCAUAAAAGAGCAAUCUUUUUAGAAAUCUCUCGCAAUAUUGUGAAGUAUACCCUAACUUAAAUAGGAAAAUCAAUUAGAUAUUUUGACUUUUGUUCCUCUAACCUUUGUUUUAGAUUUCACUAAUGAAAAAG